GCCGCACACCCGCUCCUGCUCUGAUGCGCACUUUGCGCAAGAGCGAGGACGGCCGCGGAAAGUCUGCUCAUCUGUUUUCUCGCCUGUCACAGAGAUGCUCUAUCAGUGUGUGUGUGUUUGUGUGCGCGCGCUUGCGUGUGUGGAGGCGAGAGAGAAACCCAUGACUUCCGCGUUUUUGCUCCAUCUGAAACUGCACGCAGUAGCAUAAAGUAUAAAAAGCCAUCAUGGGGCCAAAAGCUGCUCCACUCUCCUCCACGAACCCCGCUAAGCUGCGUGAGGGCCGCCGGACUAUAAAUUGGACUUUUACCGCUGAAGCGUCAUUGUUGGACUUAACUCGUGAAGCUCGGACACCUUCACAGCGGAUUCAUGGGACAAGAAAACAACACAGCAGACGUGGAGUCGCUCCAAAAAAGUGGCCGCCGGAGUGGGAGCUGCCUGAACGCGUUUCUUAUCACGUCCAUCAUUGUUCUGUUUGCAUUGGUGGCAGCGCUGGCUGCGUUUGGAGUCAUGGCUGUGAAGAAGCUGCAGUCCAAGCUGGACGUCCCUCGGCGCGUCUCCGAGUCGGAAUUAUUUGAGAAGAUGAGCGGAGCACAACAACCUUCUGUUGCAUUUAAUAUGGAGAAGUUUGCCUACCUGGAAGCAAUGAAAAGCUCCUUGAAGAAUGGCACCAUGGAGUGGGCUGAUGUCAAGUAUGGAGUUGGAUCCUCUAUAGGAAGCAAGUUUGUCUUUGACUCGCAUCAGAUGUCCUUGAAGCCACAGCAGUCGGGGGUCUACUUCAUGUACGUUGAGGUGAAGAUCACGUGCACCUCCCGCUGCAACACAAGUGUUGUCCACCUGAACGUGAGCAACAAGCUGACCUGCGAUGUGGAGCUGCCUUCACACAAAAAAUCGGUGAGCAAGAAGUGCUGGACAGUGAGCACGUUGGAAAACGAAGGACUGAUCACCCAAAUGAGGGUGCCAGAUAAGGGAUUUCAGGACUGGAAACUGGACCUGAAGAACUCUGGACUGGGGUUGUUCCUAAUAGACUAAAACGAGGCAGCUUUUUCUGCAGCCGUCCAGAAGAUCUUGGGUCAAACGCCAACCACGGACUAAAACUCCAAACGGGUGAAAAGAUGCAGGUUCUGGUGUCAUUUUAGAGCUAUAAUGGGAUUCUUGCAGUGGCGAUGCAAGAACCUCAGCAAGAACUUCAAGGUGGAAUUCACAAAUGAGCAAAACGCUGACCUCCAACCAAAGUCUUCGUGUAAAUAUGUUUUUAUUUUAUUUAUUCUGUGACAUGGAUUUAUUUAUCUGCUUUUAUUUAUAUUGAUGUUUUCUUGUAGAUGCCACUACGUUUGAACUGAUGUGCAAUAUGUUUCAGGGGCGGAUGAGACUUUAUAGUUGUUCUUAAUCUGUUUAUAUAUAUAUAUAUAUAUAUAUAUAUAUAU